AUGAAUAUGGACUGGCAUGAUUCAAUCAACCCCUUCUUUACCACAUCGUCAGGUUCGUCUUCAUACGGCAACGGGAACAGCAGCAGGAGUGGUGGUUCCUCGGACAGAAUCAUGGAAAACCCGUUGAAAAUUGACACAAACAGCUCGUUCUUCCCAAGCUCGAUUUUCAAGCCAAUCCCGUUACCGGAUGACAUUCUCGGGUUCGACCCAUUGCCACAGUCGCAAGUACAUGAUGUGCAACAACGACAGGUACCGCCUCUUCCACCUGCCGAAGGAUUCAACGCAAGCUUUGAUUUAGAAAAGUAUUUGAAAAGCGAUUUAGACGAAGAGCUAGACGCAGAAAACUUAGAUAACGACUUCUUGGACGCAAACUUACAAUUCAACAUGAACUUCCCAAAUAUGGACUCCAAAGAAACGGAUAUCGAGAAAGUGUUGCUGGAUCUUGGAAUUUCUGAGGUUCCAAAACAGAACGUUUCUCCCGAGCAACCACCAGUAACUGAAACACCACACGCUCCCGGCCACAAGAGAAAGAUCAGCGGUUCCGGAAUCUUCGGAUUUGUUGGAGUCGGAGAAAACACACAGUUGUCAAUCCCAGGUAUCGAGCCUGUUACCUUCAUUAACAAAAAGCCACAAUAUAAAGACGUCACCAACUUUGAUAACCUCGGACCAUCCUAUAUUAAUGGCAAUCGCAACUCAACCGCUACUGAUGCGGCAACCAUCAGCAAAGACAACUAUGCAAAAGUAAACAGUUCGAGUGCAAACUUGGACAACUUCAUACCAAAUGUUUCAUUGACCAAUCUUCAAGCACCAAUCACUCCUGUGAAGCAAGUUCAAAAUCGUGAAAAGCCAGACUACUACGUUUCUUCUGGCAAUCCUGUCUCUUACAAGUUCCCUCCUUCACCUUCCAAGGGAACAUUUGAACCAACGGAAAAUGCCAAUCGAGAAUACCCCCCAAACAAAUCAUACUCUGCACAAGAGUUGCAAAACUUGCGCCAGCUUUCAAAGUCCAAAUCUCAACAACAAAUGAGACAGCCUACUAUAGUGUCAACUAAUCAUCAUCAUCCAAAAUCCCCACUCCCUACACCACUCCCUACAUCUCCCCUGAACUCUGUUGCGAUGUCGUCUCCUUUGAAAGAGAUGUUUCAAACUCCAAAAACCGGCUCUCCCAAAAAGGUUCUACCUCUGUCUCAACUGCAAGCUCAAUCUCAAUUUCAAGUCCGCCUGAACAAACAAUUAAGAGAUCCCGAUGAUACUAAUAUAAUUGAUGACGAUAAGGAUAAGACUAUCUCUGCAAUGAAUACGCCAUUAAAAUUGAAGCUUUCUGCUGAGAUGUUGCAAACACCAACAAAAAGCAAAUUCACAAAUCUAGGCUGGGAUCCAACCAUGGGACCAAAGAAACCUCAUAUGUUCACUCAAAGGAUUUUGAAGUCGCCAAAGCGCUCACCUAUACGGAAAAAGCCAACCAUCACUUCGACUCUAGCAACAGGAACACUAGAUAAAUAUUUUGAAGGACCUACUGCAGAAGGUAAAUUUGUUUGCAGGUUUUUUGAUCAAGAAAUUCAGGGAGUAUGUAACAGAGAGUUUGGACGGAUUUCAAAUGCAAGAGCUCAUAUUCAAACACACUUAUCAGAUAGGCCGUUUGUCUGUGAAGAAUGUGGAAAAGCAUUUGUCAGAAAUCAUGAUUUGAGAAGACACCAAAAGGGUCAUUCAGUUGCAUCAAAUAUAUGCCCAUGUGGAAAACGCUUCCCUAGAAGUGAUGCCCUGAAAAGGCAUAGAUUUAGAAACAUCUGCGUUGGUGGGAUUCCCAGAAACAACGGUGUCUUUAAGCCAUGUACUCAUGGCCAUAGUCACAGUCAUGCUUCUGACAAGAUGACAACCAUGGUUCAAAUUAACUCCAAGAACAAAAACAACCAAAAAAUAACAGAAAAACUUUUGGGAGACAUUAAUAAAGAAGGACAACCAAUAAUUAGGGAAACGAUUUUCACCUCGCAACAAGAACAACCAUUAUCACAAACGUCAAAAUUUUCACAUCUAUCUCAACCUGUAAGUUUACACCAAUCUCAAUAUACCGACCGACCGCUGCUACCAAACCAAUCCCUUUUUAAUACAUCUUCAUCGAAAGACAUUGACUUGUUUGAUUUCAAUGAAAUUGCAAGUGUCGAUGGAAACUUUUCUUUCAAUAUGGAUGAUAGUUUGGUGAUAUGA